AUGGAUACACGUGAAGGGCAAUUCGCUGGCCGAAACGACUUCGUCAAUGAUGACGAGACAUCAUUGAAUGGUUCGGAUGAGCUCGCAGACUUGGAAAAGGCUUUACUGCCCGCCAGUACUGCAAAAAUGCAGAAUGACCGGAACAGGAACCCCAGUUCAUGGUUUAAUGUCCUAUUGCGGCCGUCAGUUCUACUGACAACAUUCAAUAUCGGCCUCUUCAUUGCGUCUUGUGCCGUAUGGCUGAGGGUAUCAAGAGCGACUCCGAGUAUCCAAGAUCAUUGGAAAGCCACAUCUUUCUAUUCCCCGAUUCUAGAAAAGUUCGAUAUUCCUAAAGUAAAUCGCGUCACCAACGGCACACUAUACGACACGAAUCCGCCAUCCAUCCUCCGCCAACGCGUUGGGAAAGAAGCUGACGACGAAUGGCAUCGCAUCGGUGAUCAUGUCUGGCCCCUUGUUAUCGGCGAGGCAGACGUGAGACGACUUGGUAAAGACCCGACUGUUGCAGUCAAGAUCCCGGAGGAACUUGGUUAUGGGUCAGACGCCUACAUAGCCCAGACUGAGGUAUUUCAUCAUUUACAUUGCUUGGACAUGCUGAGGAGAGAAAUUUCUUAUGAGCACUACUACGAAGCAAAAGAGGGACCAAAGCCUGGAGGGGCACAGCAUCAAGCCCACAUUGGACAUUGCUUCGACAUUUUGGCCCAGAACCUCAAAUGUUCAGGGGGCGUGGACAUGAUAACAUUCAACUGGGUGAAAAACUGGGAUCAACCUUUUCCAGAUUUCAUGAACCACAAAGUCUGCCGGGACUUUGACGCGUUGCUAGAAUGGGUCAAUGAGAAUGCAAUGGACCCGAAAGUUUUCCAGAAGAUGAAAGCCCCGCCACCUGGGUGGCCUGUAUUACCGGAACCGGGUCCAGUCUAG